UUGCGUUGUCGUCUUCCGAUCGCCGGUCAAAUGGGGCAAGGCUGCCUGGCAUCCCUGCUUAUUACAUUGUAACCGUGACAUCAAUAACUUUAGUUUGUCACCGAGGGGCAAAUGGACCCUAACAGAAUCAUCCAAGCUCUUAAGGGCACGAUCGACCCUAAUCUCAGAAUAGCCGCGGAAAAUGAACUCAACCAGUCCUACAAGAUCAUCAACUUUGCCCCCACUUUACUCCAGAUCAUUGUAUCAGAUCAGGUUGAGUUUCCUGUACGUCAAGCAGCUGCCAUCUACUUGAAAAACAUGGUGAGCCAGUACUGGCCGGACCGGGAACCUUCCCAUGGGGAACUUGUGUUUCCCUUCAACAUCCAUGAAAACGACCGGCAGCAGAUCAGGGACAACAUUGUGGAGGGGGUCAUUCAGUGUCCUGAGUCCAUUCGGGCUCAGCUGAACGUGUGCCUCCGUGUCAUUAUCAAGCACGACUUCCCUGGCCGCUGGACUGGUGUUGUGGACAAGAUCCGGUUGUACCUGUACUCUCAGAACAGCACCAGCUGGUAUGGCAGCCUGCUGGCUCUCUACCAGUUGGUCAAGACCUACGAAUACAGGAAGGCAGAGGAGAGAGCCCCCCUCCUGGCGGCCAUGCAGAUCUUCCUGCCCCGAAUUCAGCAGCAAAUCACUCAGCUGCUGCCGGACGCCACUAUUUUUUCUGUGCUGAUCCAAAAGCAGAUUCUUAAAAUCUUCCAUGCACUGGUGCAGUACUCAUUGCCACUGAACCUGGUGAACAACACAGUUCUGACCCAGUGGAUGGAGGUGCUCAGGGCCAUCUUGGAUCGAGAUAUCCCUCCUGAGACGCUAGAGGUUGAUGAGGAUGAUCGGCCGGAGCUCGUUUGGUGGAAGUGUAAAAAAUGGGCAUUACACAUCAUUAACAGGCUGUUUGAGAGGUACGGAAGUCCAGGCAAUGUGACCAAGGAGUACUUUGAGUUUGCAGACUUCUUUCUGAAGACAUAUGCAGUGGGGAUCCAGCAGGUUCUGCUGAAGGUGGUGGACCAGCACAGACACAGGCAGUAUGUCAGUCCCCAUGUCCUGCAGCAGGCGCUGAACUAUCUGAACCAGGGCGUCUCCCACUCGCUCACGUGGAAGCAGAUGAAGCCACACAUGCAGGCCAUCUGUCAGGAGGUCAUUUUCCCACUUAUGUGCUACAAGGAUGAGGAUGAGAAGCUCUGGCAGGAGGAUCCGUAUGAAUACAUCCGCAUGAAAUUCAAUUUGUAUGACGACCAUGCACUGCCUGCCACUGCUGGCCAAAGCCUCCUGUGCAAAGCAGCCCGGAAGAGGAAGGAGGUUCUGCCUCAGAUGAUGGAAUUCUGCCACCAGAUCCUAAUGGACCCAAACACUGACCCCCGUAGGAAGGAUGGGGCAUUGCAUGUUAUUGGUUCAUUGGCUGACCUCCUACUCAAGAAGAGGGUUUACAAGGACCAACUGGAACUAAUGCUACAGAACUAUGUAUUCCCCCUGCUGAACUCAAACCUGGCAUACCUCCGGGCUAGGUCAUGCUGGGUCCUGCAUUCCUUCAGUCCCCUGCAUUUCCAUAAUCAUCUAGUCCUGUGCAAUGCUGUGGAGCUGGUGAGGCAGAACCUCAUUGCCGACAAAGAGAUGCCAGUCAAGGUGGAGGCAGCCAUUGCCCUGCAAAUGCUCGUCAGCAACCAGGAACAAGCCAAGGUCUACAUAAGACCCUACAUCAGGCCUGUGAUGCAGGAGCUUCUGCACAUUAUCAAAGAGACGGAGAAUGAUGAUCUCACCAACGUCAUCCAGAAGAUGAUCUGCGAGUAUAACGAAGAGGUGGCAGUCAUCGCUAUUGACAUGACACAGAACCUGGCGGAGAUCUUUAGCAAGGUCUUGCAGAGUGAGGAGUAUGAAGAGAGUGAGGAUAAGACUGUGAUGGCCUUGGGUAUCCUCAGCACCAUUGACACGAUCCUCACUGUCAUGGAGGACCACAGAGAGAUCACACAGCAGUUGGAGGGAAUCUGUUUGCAAGUCAUUGGCCUUGUGCUGCAGAAACCUAUAAUAGAGUUCUAUGAAGAGAUCUUGUCUCUGGCCUUUGGCCUGACCUGUCAGGCUAUCUCCCCCCAGAUGUGGCAGCUCCUGGGGGUUCUCUAUGAUGUUUUCCAGCAUGACUGCUUUGACUACUUUACAGAUAUGAUGCCUCUCCUGCAUAAUUAUGUGACAGUGGAUACUGACAUGCUGUUGUCCAACUCCAAAUACCUGGAAGUCAUUUACACCAUGUGUAAGAAGGUCCUCACAAGCGAUGCAGGUGAGGAUGCAGAAUGCCAUGCUGCCAAGCUGCUGGAAGUCGUCAUCCUGCAGUGUCGUGGAAGGGGCAUCGACCAAUGUGUCCCCCUGUUUGUGGAGGCCGUCCUGGAGCGGCUGACGCGUGGCGUGAAGUCCAGCGAGCUGCGGACCAUGUGCUUGCAGGUUGGCAUCGCGGCGCUGUACUAUAACCCCACCCUGCUGCUGCACACUCUGGAGAACAUUCGCUUCCCACAUAGCCCAGAGCCCAUCACCACGCAGUUCAUCAACCAAUGGAUGAAUGACACAGAGUUCUUCCUGGGGCUCCAUGAUCGUAAGAUGUGCAUAAUCGGCCUGAGUGUGCUGAUGGAACUGCCCAGUCGGCCAGCUGCAGUGGAAGAGGCGGUUGCUCAGAUUGUUCCGUCAAUCUUGCUGCUUUUCCUGGGUCUGAAGCAUGCUUAUGCUUCACGGAUGCUGAAUAAACCGGACAUUUUGGCCAGAAGACCUGUCUCGGAGGAGGAUGAGAAUGAGGAGAUCUCUAGCGAUGACGAUGAGGUCAACGAGGUAAACCGCAAACGAAACAUCAGUCAGCAGCCGGCCAGCUCAGCGGGUGGAUUGGAGGAUGAUGAUGAAGAGGAGGAGUACUGGGACGAGGAAGGUCUGGAGGGGACGCCCCUGGAGGAGUACAACACCCCCCUGGACUAUGACAACGGGGAGGACGAGUACCAGUUUUUCACUGCUGCUCUGCUCAGGGUACAGAACACAGAUACUCAAUGGUAUCAGUCCCUGAUGGCGCCGCUUAGUAACGACCAGAAGAAGCAACUGCAGGAGAUCUACAGUGUGUCCCAGCAGAGGAGGAGUACAGGCAUCAAAGGGCAGUGAACUUACUGAACAGUUGAAUUCAGUUUGAUCUUUCAGAUCAGUGGGGUUUUAACGUGAGUGGAUUACGGUCCUGGCCUGGCCCAGGUCUGGAGCUGCCCUUCAGACUGCUUUACCAAAACCCCCAGACCAGAGCUGAGGUGCAGAGCAUCAGGAGGGUUUAGGGUUAGGGUCCUUCUUUCUUUCUGUCACUGAUCAGCUGGUGCAGCCAUCAGUAUCUGCACUAGCGUCUGAAGAAAAGCGGUGGGCACUUCAUUGUAUCCACUGGGUACAUCUGCCGGCGUUUGUACACGUGUGUGAGGACGUGCAGUAUGUCCCUCUAAUUUUCUAAGGACUGAUAGGUCUGAGAGGCCCGUACCUCAUCGGUGCCAUGCAGGAUGCAGCGAGUUUCUGCCUGUCCAACAGGACUUUAACUUGUUUUACCACACAGAGACACCCCCGGGGUGACGUUCGAAAAGCUCCCUGUGGAACUAAUGGCACAAGCAGGAGUCGGACACUUUUUGUAACAGUUUCCAGUUUUCAGAAUUAACUUAAAUUCAUAAACUCUGGUUUAACACCCUGCUUUUGUAUUUGCUGUGGCUUAUUGCAGUAGAACAGCUAAAAUACAGUUGUGUCUGUG